AUGCCUGCAAGCACUGCUUCUGUUAUGUCUUCACCGCGUGUUGGAAAGAGGUCAUUCUCUUCGACUAUAAAAUCGUUCUUCACAAACUCCAAUAAUAAACAGCCGUCGAAUAAAAAAGUUUCCUAUUCAAACCUUCCGUACUCAAACCAUUCAGAAGAAUCCGAUGUUGGUAAUACAUUGCAUGUUAAAAAGAGAAAGAGGAUGCCUGGUACAUUGCAGCACAGUGAGAGCUUAACCCAAGACAAGAAUAAUGCACCAAUUAUAAUAUACGGAACUGAUGACACUGAGAGACCGCCGGUUCUACCGAUAUUGCCCAUACAAAGAUUGAGAUUAUUAAGAGAGAAACAAAGGUUGAGGAAUGCACGUGAAUUCAACUUGUUACAAUCUACUAGGUCACCUUCUGUUACAUCUUCGGUGAUAUUAGACCAUCAAAGUAAAACCGAUGACAAGGACUCGUAUCUACGCACGUCAUCCACGCCUUCCCCAGUUAGGAAGGGAUCCUGUAUUGAGUUGUUGGUAGGAGAAAGCGAUGGCAACACCACCGUUAGAUUGCCCAUGCUCAAAUCACUGAAAAAUAGGACUAAUAGAAAAAGGUUUCAAGGACAAUCGAAGGGGGCCGUAUGGUCAGUGAACUUUGAAUAUGAUUUAUCAGAGUAUGAUGCUAUGCAUGAAAAGGAUCACAAGAGUAAGAUCACUGAUGCUGGCGGUGAUCAGACAAUUGCCUGUAUCAAAAAUAACAGUAUAAGUAAUGACUUAAACGGAAAUGUGGCUACAAAUCCUAAACCAACGAGUGAAAUCGAAGAGCUCCGUUCGGAUAUUAAUUCUAAUAGGUUAUCCAACCCUCAAAAAACCCUACUUUUAAACGGUCCAGCUUCUGUAGUUGCCAAAAGUCCAGCUGUGCAGGAUGAUUCUGUGCAUACUACAAAGUUGUUUGAUACGCCUAUACUAAAGAAGAUUGUUGAGUCGAAAAAGGACAAGGAGAGUAUCGUCCUACCCACCAUCGGUUUUGACUUUAUCAAAGACAAUGAGACGCCCUCGAAGAAAACUUCUCCUACGACAUCAUCAUCUGCAGGUGCAGUCCUUAAAUCGAGUUCAACUAUUGGGGAAAAUAAUAGGUCAACGGAUACUGCUCAAAAGUCCACGUUAUCAUUCAACUUUGGUAAGAAGAGUAGCGAACCUAAGGCGGCUGAAAAUUCUGUCCCUUCUUCUACAUUAUUUAACUUGAGUGGCAUAUCAGAUUCAGCUUCUUUGGUUAAUAAACCUUUUACAUUUGAAAAGCCUCUCGAAAAAGAUGGAGAGCGUACCAAGCGAGAAAUUCUUACGUUUUCUUCCUCUAAGCCAGAGUGUGCCUCAGACAUUACUUCAAAAUCGACGGCAUCAGCAUUUGCUUUUGGCAAACAUAAAAGUAACAGCGAACAAGGUGGCAGCAUAGGUGAUGAUGAUAAUGGACCAAGAAGAAAAAGGCGCGCUCCUGUUAAUGAAGAUACAAAUUCCGGGCCCUUAUUUGAUGUUGAUAUAACCAGUGGCCAUAAAGAUGCCAAAGAAAAGGAGCCGGAAAAUGUCACAUCGGAGAAACCAAGCUUUCUAUUUAGUUCACAUAAGAAGCAGCAUGGUCAUGCACCAUCUUUUGUCUUUGGGAAAGAGUCUGAUCAAACGAACAAGCCAGACUCGUCUGCCCCAUUCACCUUCGACAAAGCGGCCAUUGCGAAAGAAGCUUCCGCAAACCCAACCCAGAUUCCUCCUGCAAUAGCCAAGAAUUCUACCUUCACUUUUGGUCAAUCAAAGGGUGCAGAUAAGACUUCAGAAGGAACUGCGACUUCCGCAGUUCCUUUUUACAAGCCAACGGAGAAAUCAAAAAGCGCCUCAACUUCGGCUUCUGCAGUCAAGCCCUCGUUUUCGUUUACCAGCAAGCCAGCAGAUGCCCAAGCAUCUGCUGAUAAUAGCUCGUCCAAAGCCACAUUCUCUUUCACCGGGCCUCCUCAAGAGGAUCCAUCCAUUGCUUCAGAGCAAAAAAAGCCUUCGUUUAUGUUUGCAUCGUCUUCGAAGUCCGCACAACAAAAACCUUUGUUUUCAUUCGGUAAACCAGAUACAGCGAAAGAAUCACUGGGUGCUAAGGCUUCUUUUGAUUUUACUAAAUCAUCUAACCAGAAGACGGAUGAAAAGGUCACAACUCCAUCUUUUGCAUUUGGUGGACCGGCCACAAAUCAUAUUAAGGACACUAACACAAAACCAUCCUUCAAUUUUGGAGCGCCUGGGUCGAUUAAGGAAUCUGCUUCAUUGGUAGCAGGAAGCACUGAGAAUAUAUCCAAUGGAUUUUCCUUUACUAAAUUUAAUGAGAACAAAGAAAAGUCCGUCACCCCCACGUCUUUCUUCAAUAGAUCCACUUCCUCAACACCAGUUCCUGUUUUGGGUAAACCUGCAACUGAUAGUAACAAUGCAACAUCUAAAUCUGCAUUUUCGUUCGGUACCGUAAACACUGAUGCCGCCAAUGCUUCCGCAAAUUCUACAUCAUUUUCGUUCAAUGCCCCUACUGCCGGCAACGGAACGACUACUACAGCUAAUAGUAAGCCAGGUACCAGCAUGGCAGGUGGAUUCAAUUUGGAGAAACCAGGUCAAAAUAUUAUCAACAGUAGUAGCAAUGGAGGAGGCUCUGGAUUUAAUUUUUCGAGACCAGGAACUGUUACGAAUGGUGUAACCUCUGAUCAAUCCUCUAUCAAUACGGGGAGUAAUGGUGCCGGAGGCCUUAACCCCUUUACAUCGGUGACCACUUCAAGUAAUACUACUCCAUUCAAUAAACCACCUCCUGUAGGUACACAAAAUAUCAGUGCACCUUCUAAUUUCAGUUUUACUGGAAACAGUUCCGCACCUGGUGCUGGUUCUGUAUUUAAUAUGAACAAUGCUAACAAUAACACUGUCUUUGGUGGAUCUAAUACACAUCUACCGCAUCAAUCUCAUAAUGCUCUCAAUACAAAUAAUUCAUUCACACCAUCAACAGUUCCUAAUAUCAAUUUUGGCGGGUUCAAUGGUGGAAUUGCUAAUACCGCCACCGGUUCGUUAAAGCCAAGUGACAUAUUUGGCGGAAAUUCAGUUUCUAGUCCUAAUCCAGGCGCAUUGAAUUCUUCAUCUCUUUUCGGAGGGCAGGGUAUGGUAUCGAAUUCUUCCUUUGGGCAGCCACAGUUAGCCUCGAAUCAAAUGGGGAUGGGAGCAAAUAAUGGUAUGAACAUGGGUAUGCAUGCUGGUAGCGGUAACGUUAUGGCGAACAGAAAGAUUGCAAGAAUGAGGCACUCCAAAAGGUAA